AUGAGCUCCAGAAGUUCACUUCUUACCCACUCACAACAAACAGCAAGCAUGCCCGCGGAUGUUAUUAGCGUGCGCAAAGUGCAGGAGGGGUUCCAAUUUGUGAACAGCUUGGCGUCAGAGGGUGAAAGUGAUGUUGAAAUGUCGGACGACGAGAAGGUUGAAAAAUCAGCAGAGGCUAACGAUGGCGCAAUCGUAACACCUGGUGAGCUGGUAACAGACGAUCCUAUUUGGAUGCGUGGACACGGUACAUACUUUUUGGAGAACAAGACCUAUGCGUCGGUGGCAGGAACUGUCUCAAGGGUAAAUAGACUGCUCUCUGUGGUGCCGCUGCGGGGGCGGUACGCCCCAGAAACAGGAGACCACAUCAUUGGAAGAAUUGCUGAGGUCGGGAACAGGAGAUGGAAGGUCGAUAUUGGAGCCAAACAGCAUGCUGUGCUGAUGUUAGGGUCCGUGAACCUUCCCGGUGGUGUUCUUAGAAGAAAAUCUGAGUCCGAUGAACUACAGAUGAGAAACUUUUUGAAAGAGGGAGAUCUUUUGAAUGCAGAGGUUCAGUCGCUUUUCCAAGAUGGAAGCGCCUCUUUACACACUAGAUCGCUAAAAUACGGAAAGUUGAGAAACGGAGUCUUCCUACAGGUACCCAGCCCGCUUAUAGUGCGCUCUAAAAACCACACGCACAACCUGCCAGGUAACGUUACUGUUAUUCUCGGAGUAAACGGUUUUAUAUGGCUGCGGAAAACCUCCGAACUGGACACCGCCAAUAAUAGCUCAGCGGUGGUAGGUAAAAACGCCGCAACGCUUUCAGGCGCUAGCGGAGAGUUCAAACCAGGCAACAACUCGGUGAGUAUUACGAGAUUGGAGGAAGAGUCAUCGUGGGAGAUUUACUCUGAUAAAAAUGACCACAUCUCGGACGUCAUGAGAAAGACUAUCACUCGAUACUCCAACGUCAUCAAAGCUUUAGCUCAUUGCGAGAUAGGGAUUACAGAGGCGAGGGUAGUAGCCGCAUACGAGGCAAGUAUGGCUUACAGCCAGAUUGGUUCCCUUAUCGACAAGGAAAAUAUGGAGGCUAUUGGCCAAGAUGUCAUCAACGCGGAAAGGAUGAGAGGAAAUGCGUAG